CACCAUCGCCUCCCGCUUCCGCGACGACAGCGUUUUUGCUUGGUGAAUGGUGUUACUCGCACCGGGUGCUGGACGAGCGAAUCGUCAACGGAUGUCAGUUCACCGCGCAUGCUCUGCAGUACUCGUUGCAUGGCGGCGCAGCUCCUGUGCAGCGAGUUGCUACGCGCCGCACAUGCCAGGGAUACACCAUUCCAAGUUCUACUGGCCUCGCACCCGCUCCGACGCACGGCCGCCUAUACUUCUUCGCCAGCGCAGUACGAGCAGAUACAGUCCCGAAAUCUCUUACCUGCUCUAUCCGCCGCACGUAGGCGAUUCCACAGCCCACGGGUGGUUGGCGUGAAGGCGAAGGCUAAUUCCGCUUCAAACUUCAGUUAUCCCGGGUCCGGCGAACGAGAACGUGGUCCAACAAGGCUCCCGGCCGUCGCUCGGACGAGACGAUGUAAUGGCUUGGUCGACUCGCUACGACAGGCCGAGAAUGAUGCACGAAUGGAUGUGCGACGACAGUGUAGGGGUCUCUCGGCAGUAGGCUUGUGCCGAACGGACGAACUCAGUCUGCUCAUGCUGAGGGUAGGAGCUCGUAGCCUGCCGUUCGUCAUGCGCACAUGCAUCCUCGGCAACGACGGACGUGGUACUCGCAACGAAGAGGAGGUUGUUACACCCGGAAGACGUAGAUGGGCGGGAAUCUCGUGCUAUUCAGGUAUAUAUCUAGUAGACAGGACAAUGUAAUGGCUAGGUCGGCUCACAACAAGCCGCGUAUCUAAUACAUGAUUGGGAUGCUAGCGAGCA